AUGCUUCCCACGCCAGACACCUCACACGUGUCUUUUGACACUAUUUAUGAGCCAUCGGAAGAUUCAUAUCUCUUCUUAGAUACACUGGCAUCAGAAUCAGAAUCCAAAUGGCUCUCUGAAAGAUUUCCCUCAAACCAGAGCACAUCGCCUUUAGUUGUUGAAGUAGGAACAGGCUCUGGCGUGGUCCUUGCCUUCACAGCUGCACAGUCUCAGCAAAUUUUCGGCCGGCGCGAUAUCUUGACGCUAGGCACAGAUGUGAAUCGAAAUGCCUGCAUCGCCACGCGGCAGACUGCAACGACGGCCAUUAAAGCAGAGCAGCAGCCAUCUCCUCAAUCGAUUCACAUAUCCUCAUUGACAGCUGAUCUAUGUGCACCUCUACGACCUGGCAGCGUCGAUGUUCUUCUUUUCAACCCACCUUAUGUUCCUACUGAGGAUCUUCCGCGCCUGCCCUCUGCAGUGGAAAAUGAUCCCGCUACCGUGGAGGCCAUGACUCGCUCUGAUAGAUUUGAUAAUGACUCUUACUUUCUGUCAUUGACCUAUGCGGGUGGUACAGAUGGUAUGGAGACCACAGACCGAUUGCUCGACGCCAUCCCUGGCGUACUUUCGGUGCGUGGUGUCGCAUAUGUUCUGCUGUGCAAGCAAAAUAAACCCGAUGAGGUCAAGGAUCGCGUUCGUGCCUGGGAUGGCUGGCAGGCUGAGACUGUUGGAUCCAGUGGAAUGCAAGCUGGGUGGGAGAAAUUGGUCAUCGUGAGAAUCUGGAAGGAAGAGCGCUCAUGA